AUGACAUUAUGUAAUAAAAACAAAAAUAAAGGGAAAUCUCAUGUGGUAAAAUCGAUAAUUUCAUUUCUAUUACAUUAUUAUGCCUAGUGGUCGAGCUGUUUUGUUGCUUCGAAGAUUGUCAACGGGUGAUAACAGGUUGAAAAACAUUAAUUUAAACCAAAAUAUCUCUACAGAGCUUUUCACCAAUCCUGUGUGCAUUCACAGGGAUUUGGGCCUACACAAAAGGCUGUCAACUGUAGUGCCAAAUAGUAUCAGUCCUUCUCAGAUCACAAGAAGUUUCAGUGAUAAUAAAAUAAUAAUGGCAUCACCUAGUUCGGAAACUCCCCCAGUUGCAGAUAAACCAAAACAUACAAAUAGUUUAAUAAAUGAAAAAUCGCCCUACUUGCUUCAACAUGCUCACAAUCCUGUCCAAUGGUAUCCUUGGGGUCCAGAAGCUAUAGAAAAGGCAAAGGUGCAAAACAAAUUGAUAUUCUUAUCAGUGGGCUAUUCCACAUGUCACUGGUGUCAUGUUAUGGAAAAAGAGUCCUUUGAGAAUGAAGAAGUUGCAAAAAUUAUGAACGAACAUUAUGUUAAUAUCAAAGUCGAUAGAGAAGAGAGACCGGAUAUUGAUCGUGUUUAUUUAUUAUUUGUCAUGGCCUCCACAGGAAGUGGGGGCUGGCCCAUGUCUGUCUUCUUAACUCCAGAUCUUCAACCAGUCACUGGAGGUACCUAUUUCCCUCCAGAAGAUCGCUGGGGCCGUCCAGGUUUCAAAACGGUUCUUCUGACUCUAGCUAAAAAAUGGAAAGAAAAUCAACAACAAUGUCUAGAAGCUGGCCAGCAUGUAAUUUCAGCAUUGCAACAAUUAUCUCUUGAUGACAAUUUAUCCUCUGUAGUUCCAGGAGAGGGUACUUGGGACAAAUGUGUUCAGAAAUAUAUGUUAAUUUAUGAACCAGAGUUUGGUGGAUUUGGUAUGGCCCCAAAAUUUCCUCAAGCAUCAAUUUUCAAUUUUCUCUUUCAUUACUAUGCUAGAGAUAAAUCAAAUACUGAUGGAAAAAAAUGUCUAGAAAUGUGUUUGUACACAUUGACUAAAAUUGCAAAAGGAGGCAUUCAUGAUCAUGUAUCCAGUGGAUUUGCACGUUAUUCGGUUGACAAUGAUUGGCAUGUUCCUCACUUCGAAAAGAUGUUGUAUGACCAAGCUCAAUUGGUAGUUGCUUACACUGAUGCCUUCCUGGCAACUAAAGAUGAAUUUUACGCUGAUGUAGUCCAUGAUAUCAUCAAAUAUGUUAACAGAGAUCUGAGACAUGAAUCUGGUGGGUAUUACAGUGCUGAAGACGCAGAUUCAUAUCCUACAUUUGGAACUACCAAGAAAAAAGAAGGAGCAUUCUGUGUGUGGGAAUAUAGUGAACUAAAGGCACUAUUGAAUGAUAAAAAGAUAAAUGAAAUAUCUUACUUGGAUAUUUUUUGUGAAUAUUUUUCUGUUAGUGAAGAAGGUAAUAUAUCUCCGGGUAGUGAUCCACAUGGGGAGCUGGUAAACAAAAAUGUUUUAAUCAUAUAUGAGAGCAAAGAAGAAAUUUCAAAAAAGUUUGGUUUAAACAUUGAACAAUUUAACCAAGUCAUCAAUGACUGUAUAAAGAUUGUGUACGAAGCACGUCAAAACCGGCCCCGGCCAGAUUUAGACACCAAAAUACUGUGUUCUUGGAAUGGAUUAAUGCUAUCAGGAUUGGCACAAGCUGGACAAGGUUUGGGCGAAAAAUGCUAUGUUGAGGAUGCUAUUAAGACUGCAAAUUUUAUAAAAGAAAACCUCUAUGAAGUAUCCACAAAUACUUUAUUACACUCCUGCUACAGAGAUGAAAAUGGAGCCGUCAUACAAAUAGGAAAACCAAUAAAGGGUUUUUUGGACGAUUACGCAUUUCUUAUCAAAGGCCUUCUCGAUUUGUACGAAGCAUCAUUUGAUCGGCGUUGGUUGAAUUGGGCUCGUGAAUUGCAAGAUAAACAAAAUGAAAUGUUCUGGGAUUCAGAAGGUGGAGGUUACUUUACAUGUUCAACCGAAGAUAAAACUAUAGUCUUGAGACUUAAAGAAGAUCAAGAUGGUGCCGAACCGUCCGGUAAUAGUGUUUCGUGCCACAACCUCCUACGGUUCGCCGCAUACGCUGAUAAGAGUGAUCCACAAAAUAGCGGCGAGAAGGAAAGGGAGAUGGCGAAAAAAAUACUUGUCGCUUUUGCCAAACGUCUUAAUGACUCUCCCACUGCCCUACCAGAAAUGAUGUCCGCACUGAUGUUUUAUAGUGACUCUCCUACACAGGUGCUGAUCUCGGGGGGCCGCUCGGACCCGCGCACGCUGGAGAUGGUGCGCGCGGUGCGGACGCGGCUGCUGCCGGGCCGCGUGCUGUGCGUGGCCGACCCCGCCGACACGCCCGCCGGUAUGUCCGACAUACUGUUACACCGUGUGAGGUCUGCGGGCGACGUGCCCACUGCGUACGUGUGCCGCCGCUACGCGUGCUCUCUUCCCGUUACGGACGUCAAGCAACUCGAGAACUUGUUAGACGAAACACCAGCUGCCGUGGCUAAGAAGUAGCCUAGCAGAAGUCAUAUUAUACUGCUGCUACAAAUAUAACAUUGAAAUUUUUAUUUACAGGAAAAAGUAAGGUAUUCACGGUAUCUGCGGGCUCUGGCUUUGGUGACCUUUUAACACCAUUGUGCUUAGUGCGAGUUUUUUAACGUUCUCGAUAGCGUAAAAGUUAACUAAAAUUUGUAUGGAGUUGGAACGUUCGCCUGCGUUUGCCGCUAGGGGCGCUGUUACACUAAGCACACGGAUGGGCGGUGAGACCCUCUUCCUGGUCUGUUUUCACAUACACCGUCUGCUAGCAGAGGUGAUGCCCCAACAUAAAGGAAAUUCAUUAAAAAUAAGUCAUAAUUUUCCUUAGCAUAAGGCAAUAAGAAUAUCAGUUUUGUGACUACACUAAUAGGGAACCUAUAUAUGCCUAUAAAUUAUACUAGUCAGCAUUUUUAAUGAAAAUUAUAUCCCAUCACUAAAUUUGUUCUAAUAUUCGGAAGAUUUCGAAGUUCGUUAAGUAAAGUUCUGAGGCCGCACCACCGACCACCACAGGCAAGUUCAGCCCUAUCACCCGAAAGCACAUGAAAAAAAUCUCAUGACACUAUAGAGUGCAUAAUCUAUAGAGGGAUAACAUUCUGAUAUUGAACAAUGCAGAAUACUAACAACUUAAUGAGGCGCAGCGCAGGUUUGCUAGUUUUGACAAGGUAUACAAUAUGACACUGCAAUUGUUCCAUCGUGCACAUAUUUAGAAUACUAUAUUAUGUGCUUUCAUUUGGAACAGAAAUAUAAAAAUAUUUUUUUCUUAUUAUUUGGGUACUCCUUUCUCUAUUGGUCAUGUACCGUUAAAAUAUAUCUAUUAAAUAUAUAUUGAUUCGAUUGCCAAAUGUGUGUUGAUGUUUUCCUGACAAUUUUAUUAGUAAACAAAAAUACACGCUUCUGUUAAAACUAUUAGAGAGCACCAUUUUUCGUAAUAAAUAAAAUAUGGAACUAAGAUUUUUUAAUCAUGAUUGUAUAUGUGAUGAUUAAUCAUAACUAUACUUUUUUCGUGUUACCCAUAAUAUAUAUUACAUAACAUAGUGACAUAGUAAUUAGCCAUAGCCGUGCUGUAAUUUUGCAAACAAAACGAUAUAGCUAAUAACAUUAUAUAACGAUUGCAGACAAGAGUUUUUAUACCGAUUUUUCUUAGAAACUACUUUCACAGUGUUCGGGGCUUGGGAUAUACUAAAGUAGACCUUAUGUUUAACAGAUCAUUGGUUAUAUCAAACUAUAAAAAACACUCAACUUCGGUUUCAGAUGCUUUUAACCAAGGUUGAUUUCUACCCUUUAAUUUUGUGAAAUAGAUCUAACCGCUUUUAUAUUUAAAUUUAUCGAAAUCUCUAGAAUAGUGUUAUUUAACUAACAAAAGUGUAAGAUCUGACAAAUUCAGAUCUCAACGCGUGUUUAAAAUUUAAAUAUAUCUUAUAAGUAGUAGUAGUCAGUCAUUUAAAUUAGCUAUAAACACAUAAUUUUUAUCGAUGAUCUUCAUUUAUAUUGUUUAAUUGAAAAAUAAAUUUUAAGUCGCUCGAAGGUAAAUGUUAAGGCUGAGAAAACUGAUUGGUUCACUCAUUCGAAAUUUCAGUCUGAGAAUUGUUUUGUGAUGACGUGCAAUUUAAGUCACGAAAAGUCAUGAAAUGGCUAUACGGUACGUUUAUUUCAUAAUAUUUAUUGAAAGAACAUAUUGCUUGGAGCAUAUUUUAAGUUUUCGUGAUAUUUUAUUUAAUAAAUAUUAAACGUUA